AUGGAGGAAGUCUAUACUUUUUCCAAAUCUGAUUUGUACUCGCUAAAUGAUUAUAAGCCACCCAUUUCUAAAGCUAAAAUGACACAGAUCACCAAGGCAGCAAUCAAGGCUAUAAAGUUCUACAAGCACGUUGUACAGAGUGUUGAGAAAUUCAUUCAAAAGUGCAAACCAGAAUAUAAGGUACCUGGUCUGUAUGUCAUUGACUCCAUUGUAAGACAGUCCCGGCAUCAGUUUGGGCAAGAAAAGGAUGUAUUUGCUCCAAGAUUCAGCAAUAACAUCAUCAGCACUUUCCAGAACUUGUACCGUUGUCCUGGGGAUGAUAAGAGUAAAAUUGUUCGAGUGCUAAAUUUAUGGCAGAAGAACAAUGUGUUCAAGAGUGAAAUUAUUCAGCCUCUCUUGGAUAUGGCAGGAGGAAUUCCUCCUCCAGUUGUGACCCCUGUCUUGCCCAGCACUACAGCUGCUAUGAGCAACAAUACACCAGGAACACCUGUGACUCCAGUUACUCCAGCCAAUGUGGUGCAGAGUUUACCUGAUCCUUGGGUAUCCCAGAUUGCUAAUACAGAUACCCUUGCUGCUGUUGCACAGAUUUUACAGAGUCCUCAAGGCCAACAGCUUCAGCAGUUGAUACAGACGCUGCAGAUACAGCAGCAGAAACCUCAGCCUUCGCUACUUCAAGCCCUGGAUGCUGGUCUUGUUGUUCAGUUACAGGCCCUCACAGCCCAACUUACAGCUGCAGCUGCUGCUGCUAACACACUUAAUCCACUGGAACAGAGUGUCUCUUUUAAUAAGAAGCUGAUGGACAGGUUUGACUUUGGGGAAGAAUCUGAACAAAAUGAAGAACCUAAAAAGGAAACUCCCACUUCCCAACUGCCUUUAGUAGCAGAAUCUGUGAACAACUCACUUUUUCACCAACUAGCUGAACAGCUACAGCAACAAAAUCUAGAACAUCUCAGACAACAGCUUCUGGAGCAACAGCAGCCUCAAAAGGCAAGCCCUGAGGAGACUCAAGAAGGAAAUUUUGGUUCAGAGCACUCUGCCUCACCAUCACAAGGGAGUAGUCAGCAGCAGUUUUUAGAAGUGGAAACAAAUGUAGAUGAUUCAAUGGAUAUUCAACAACAGGACAUGGAUAUAGAUGAAGGACAGGAUGUUGCUGAAGAGGAGAUUUUUGAACAAGAAGAAAAGAAAUCAGCUGUUCGUUCAAGAUCAAGAACCCGUUCAAGAUCUCGUUCAAGGUCACCAAGAAAACGAAGGUCUAGAUCACGGUCUGGUUCUCGUAAGCGUAAGCACAGAAAACGUUCACGCUCAAGAUCAAGAGAAAGGAAGAGAAAGUCAUCUCGGUCAUAUUCCAGUGAAAGAAGGGCUAGGGAAAGGGAAAAAGAACGUCAGAAAAAGGGAUUGCCUCCUAUACGGUCAAAAACACUAAGUGUUUGCAGUACUACUCUUUGGGUAGGUCAAGUAGACAAGAAGGCUACACAGCAAGAUUUAACUAACUUGUUUGAAGAAUUUGGACAAAUAGAGUCUAUUAAUAUGAUUCCCCCAAGAGGUUGUGCUUAUGUAUGUAUGGUUCAUAGACAAGAUGCAUAUCGUGCACUUCAGAAACUUAGUUCUGGGUCCUAUAAAAUUGGGUCUAAAAUUAUUAAGAUUGCUUGGGCUUUGAAUAAAGGUGUGAAAACGGAAUACAAGCAAUUCUGGGAUGUGGAUCUGGGAGUUUCAUAUAUUCCUUGGGAGAAAGUAAAAUUGGAUGAUUUGGAGGGCUUUGCUGAAGGUGGCAUGAUUGACCAGGAGACAGUAAAUACAGAAUGGGAAACAGCCAGAAGCUCAGAAGCUGCUAAAGAAAAUAUUCCAACUACGCAGAGUGCUGCAGUUGAUAAGAGUACAGUUAUUACAACGCAGACAGAAGCUUACACGCAGCCAGUCACCAUGCUGCAGAUUCCAGUAGCUCCAGCUGUGCCUGCUGUUAGCUUGGUUCCACCUGCGUUUCCUGUCACAAUGUCUGUCCCUCCUCCUGGUUAUAGCGCAAUUCCUCCUCCACCCUUCUUGCGAGCGAGUUUCAACCCUUCACAGCCACCUCCAGGUUAUAUGCCUCCCCCAGUUCCACCUGUCGUCCCACCACCUGUCGUCCCGCCACCUGUUGUCCCACCAGUUGUCCCAACAUCUUUAGUGCAACCUCCAUUACCAAUUGCACAAGAGACGAUGAAGGAUGUUCCUUUUACUAGUCUUGUUCUACCAGUUGGCACAGUUACUAGCAAUCUAGCUACUCCAACGUUAUCUGCUGGAAGCGUUUUUAAUCCUCUGCCAAUCAGCAAACCAGAAUCAGAUGAAAAGGGAUCACAUCUUACAGACCUUCAGAUUUCUUCCAGUGAAAACAAUAGAUCUGUGCAGCUACCUACUGUCUCCAGUAGCUCUUCUCUUGCUGGCGGAGUUCAGCCAACCAGCGUCUCAAGUAGCUCUGGACUUAUGGCUGGAGUGCAACCACCAAACGUCUCCAGUAGCUCAGGGCUUCUAGCUGGAGUGCAUCCACCCACUGUCUCAAGCAGCCCUGGCCUUCUGACAGGAAUGCAGCCACCCAAUGUCUCAAGCAGCUCAGGAGUUCUGGCAGGAGUACAGCCACCAAGUGUCUCAAACAACUCUGGGCUUCUCAUAAUGCCACCACCCAAUGUUUCAAGUAGUUCUGGACUUAUGGGAGUGCCACCACCAAAUAUUUCAAGUAGUUCGGGACUUCUGGCAAUGCAGCAUCCAGCUGGGGUUCAAAAUAUGCCUCAUUUAAAUAUUAGUGGUCAAAGGAUGCCAGGAAUGGAAGGAGACAGAGAUUAUCGCUUUCCUCCAGUAGAAAACCGAGAUAAUCUUAACAGACCAUCUCCAGUGGAUGUCAGAGAUUCUGUUGGACGACCACCGGUUGAUCCCAGAGAGGGCAUGGGAAGGCCUCCAGUAGAUGGAAGAGAACACUUUGCAAGACCACAUGUAGACAUGAGAGAAAAUUUUGGAAGACCAGGUAUAGAUAACCUUGGUCGACGAGAGCAUUUUGGUUUCAAUUCAGACAAGCACUGGGGACAGAGAGGAGAUUAUGAUGAAAGAGAGCACCAUGCCUUCCCUAUUUAUGGUGGCCCUAAAGGCUUCCAUGAAGACAGAGAGAGGUUUCGGCAUGUAAACUAUAGGUUUGACAGUAGAAGUGGUCCCAAUUGGAAUAGAGGAUUUGAACAAGAUGCUCACAGAGAUUUUGAUGACCGCAGAAGACCCUGGGAAAGACAGAGGGAUAGGGAUGACAGAGAUUUUAAUUUUUGCAGAGAAAUUAAUGGGAACAGGUUUGGAAGAGACAGAAUGUCAAACAACUGGAUCCCCCCUCCACAUCCACGGGUGUUUGAAUAUUUUGAUGGGGCCACUUCCCAGCGCAAAGCCGAUAAUAUGCCCCAGGUAAAUGGUGAAAAUACAGAGACAGAAAGUCAGCCACCAACUGCACAGGUGCAGGACGAUCCAGAACUUUAUGAAAAACUGACAUCUUCCGUCGAGAUAAACAAAGAGAAGAGUGACACAGAAGCUGAUAUAGAAAGUGAACCAGUGGUAGAAAGCACAGAAACUGAGGGGACAUAAUCAUCACUCAGUAGGUAAAAGAUACCUUUUGUAAAGUUGUCAUCUCUCUGUAAUAGAUAAAUGGCUGACUGGACCGUAGCAGUUCACUUUUGUCUGCCAGAAUUAAGUUAAUCUGAUGUUCAUGUUCAUCUUUCACUUAAAUAACUGUACAACUGACUUGUAUAGAACACUGUUCUUAAUUUGAACAUGGUAGGUAAACAUUUUUUUUAUUUCUCUGGUAAAGCAUAAACUUGCCCCCACUUGCUUUUAAUUUCACAAAGAUAAAAUAACAGCUUGUCAAACAAAGACUUCCUAUGGAAGAAAAUGGAAUUUUUUAGAUACUACCCUUAGGUUGGCUAUCGAAAUUGUUAUACUUGAAAACAGGUGCUGGUGUAUCUUGUCCGUGUUUUUAGGCUGCUGCAGAAUUUUAAAGUAUAGACAAAGCUGUGAUAUUUUAUGUUCCUACAAUUCGGCAGAAAAAGAAAUGGCCCAUGUUAUUUAAGGAGCAUAACACAGAGAUUAAAAGUGAUUUUGUAAAAUCUACACUAUAGUCUCUGUUUUCUCUAAAGUAAGUGUUUGUGAUUUGUUCCUCGUACUGCAGUGGGUUUAAAAAAAAUGAAAAAGUACAUUUUAAUGUUGGGUGCAUUUUGUUUUUAGAUGCCAAUAAAGCAUAUUUGUUUGAUAACAGUGUUCUAGGUAUUGUAUUUUUUUAAAAACCUGCAAGCUCUAAAAACUUGGAAUCAGCUAUGAUAUGUGCUUAGCUAGUUGUUGCAAAAGGUUUAUAUUACUUUUGUAAGACCAAUGCAACAGUUAUAUGUGCAAGAAGCAUAUGGUUUUUACAUCAAAAAUCAUGCAGUCAUAUUAGUUUAUGUAAAUAACAUAUGUAUGUAAAUAUUUGUGUAAACUGUUUGUAGAUACCACUUUUUCUGUGCG